UCCAUGUUGUACAACACUCCAAAAUUUAGAAAGUAAGCGUUAAUAUUUAUGCAAGGCACUGUAACCUACCCAUAAAAUGACCAGUCAGUGUAAGUACAAGGCAAUAAAGUGGCUACUGAAUGUAUGUAAGAUAUUAAGAAAUGUUUAUACAUAUCCAUAGCCCAAACAUCACACACUAAGGAUGUCAUUUAGAAAGCUUGUGGAUGUUUUAGAUAGUGGGGGGGUGCCCGUUCAGUUAGUUCUCGUGAAUCGACUGCUCUGAUACACAUAGAGGAGUCGUUUAAAAAGCAGGACUCGUUCAUGAAUCGCCAAUCACGAGCUCUCAGUCGCUCCAAACCUUUAAACUGCGCGUGGACGUGAGAGCGCGCGGCACAAGUCUGGUGGCUUGGCGCACGGUCACAGGGCUGAACGGUCAACAGUAUGACCCUGCAGCUCGGCACUGGAAUAUUUUCAGCAAAUCCCUUCUCGAAUAGCCACAAGAGGGAACUGCGAAGAGGAGCAUGAGCUGUGAUCUUCAUACCUUCAACCAAAACAUCGACUUCUCUCCAAGUAGGAUGAACAGUAGUCUAAUGAAUUAUUCUCUGCUUUUUCUUACCAAAACAAUUAUGUAUUUAUCUUUCUUUUCUCGUGUGCAACCAUAGUCCACUUUUAACUAGGCUAUUAGUGUGGUUUCUUUACGUAGUGCAUGUUCUUAAUCUGAAAAAUCUGCCUUAAUUAAAGAAAUUUACCCUAAAUGAGCCUUCACUACAAUCCCCAGAACUCCAUUUUAUGAGUUAUGCCAGUUAUAUAUUUCAUAGUGUAUAUGGAGUUAUGUGAAACCACAUUUAAAUAAAAGGAAAAUGCUGCCACUACUGCUUUAUUUUGCAUCCAAAUGCUGGUUAAAUACAUGUUAUAACUUGCAGCAGCACAGUGUGUGUUCUCUAUGAUAUGAGACAUCUUUCAAGCUCUUUCAUGAGAUCUGAUUAAAAAUGCAAGCCUCAAAAUUACUAUAAUGACAAUAUUAUAGAGAGGACGUUACCCCAGAGAAUUAAUGAUUACAAGAAUAGUAGCAUUAGAGCAGUUCAUUUGGCAGGACAGCUAAAAUAUUUAAAUCUCAUUGAGCAGCUUUGAAGAAGUAGGGCACCGCCAAGGGCUUCUUCCCACCCUCUGUGUGUGAUGUGUGAUCACUCAGUGGUGGUGGUGGAGGAGGAAAAUGUUUAGGGGAUAUGCUCAUUCAGUGAGUGAUGCUCAAUUAUACAUGAGAAAACCCCCCACAAAUGACAAAAUUGAUAAUUAUUUUAUUGCAUUCAUUUAAUUUGUUCAUUUUCUGUUUGCAAAGGCUGUACACUAUCCAGAUCACUAUGAUUAGUGAUGCAUCAACUGCAGCAGAGUUCUAUGGGGACAGUGCCUCAGUGUUGUCUCAGGAUUCCAGUGUAUUCUUCAGUGAACCCCCUCCACCAACUGACAAUCCGCUGGACUUCUUCAUCAUUAAUGUCGGAGGAAGCCGCUACAUUCUCUCUCAGGAGCUGCUGGCCUCUCACCCAGAGACACGCCUGGGCAAGCUGGCUCUCUCCACACGAGAUUCGGCUUUAGACCUGUGUGAUGAUGCAGACUUUCUGGAAAAUGAAUACUUCUUUGACCGCAAUUCUCAAACCUUCCAAUACAUCAUGAACUUUUACAAGACAGGCCAUCUGCAUGUUAGAGAGGAACUAUGUGUGUUCUCCUUCCUGCAAGAAAUUGAAUAUUGGGGUAUUGAUGAGUUCCGCAUAGACCACUGUUGUAGGGACAAGUACUACCGCAAAAAGGAGAUGAAGGAAUCCAUAGAUAUUAAAAAGGAUGUCGAAAUGAAUUGUGUGGAGGAUGACUUCAGUGGAGUACUCUGUGAGGACAUUCGCCGGUGGCUCUGGGACCUGAUGGAGAAGCCGGAUUCGUCCAAGGCAGCAAAAACAUAUGGGACGUUGUCUAUGUUCUUUGUGAUCAUGUCCAUCGCGAACAUGGCUCUGAUCUCUCUGGACUUUACUAUCCUUGGUGCACCUGUCUUGGAUAUUCUUGAGUACAUCUGUAUUGUGUGGUUCACAGGGGACCUGGUGCUGAGGUUCAUGUGUGUGAAGGACAAAUGUAAAUUCAGCAGGAGUGUGGUGAACAUCAUUGACCUUCUGGCCAUCCUGCCUUUCUAUAUCACCCUAGCAGUGGAGAAUCUGCAUGGCGGGUCAACAGAAUUGGAGAACGUGGGACGGGUAGUGCAGGUCCUGCGACUGAUGAGGUCUCUUAGAAUGCUGAAACUUGGACGUCAUUCCACAGGUCUGAAGUCUUUGGGCAUGACUAUCGCUCAGUGCUAUGAGGAGGUGGGCCUGCUGAUGCUCUUCCUCUCCGUGGGCAUUUCCAUCUUUGCCAUGGUGGAGUACGCCAUUGAGCACAACAUGCCUGAGACUACAUUCACCAAUGUGCCUUGUGCCUGGUGGUGGGCCACCACAUCCAUGACCACCGUGGGUUAUGGGGACAUCCGCCCAGAGACAGCCAUUGGCAAGGUCAUAGCCUUCAUCUGCAUUCUUUCAGGCAUCCUUGUCCUCGCCCUUCCCAUUGCCAUCAUCAAUGACCGCUUCUCAUUCUGCUAUUUCACCCUGAAGAUGAAGGAGGUAGCGCUACGGCACAGUGAGGCACUGAAGCGUCUGAAGCGCAACUCAACCUCAGAUGGGAUGCAGCCAGCAGUAGGGCUAAACCUGCGUGAUGCCUAUGCCCGCAGUGUGCUAGAACUGCUGCGGCUGUACAGCAGAGGGAGGACAAGCACACGCAGCAGCGCAGGAGAAGACGUCUGGUGA